UGUUGCAAAUGACCCCUGGAAAACACAUGCGCCGUAAUGAGCUCAUUUUUCUUUACAGGUUAGAAUUGUAGGAGCUUUUUUAGAGUCUUUUUUAACGUAUGUUUUUGCACCCGCAUGCUUAAUAUCCGAUAGGUAGGUAGUGGUUUUCUGAGACGUAAAUGUAAACUCUUCUAAUUCCACCCAAAUAAGUUGGCUUAAGUAGGCUACAAAUAGUCUCUGGGUUAGGCCUUUCUGACACCACAGCAGUGUUUGGAAGGUUUUCUGUCGCUUGUGUUUGCUUUGAAAAGGAGAAGUGAUAUCGAGAAUGACAUUCAUGGGACUCGCUCUGCUCCUCCUCUUCUUCUCUACUUCCAAAUCACUUUGAACCUGACACUGAGAGGGUCAGAACACCAGCAAAGAGCACAAUGGAAGAAUCAACCGACAGAUCAACCAAGAAAAAAGUUGUAGCAGUGGUGGGCGGUGGUUUGGUUGGUGCACUGAAUGCCUGCUUCUUUGCCAAAAGAGGCUUUAAUGUGGAAGUCUUUGAAACCCGGGAAGAUAUCCGGAAGGCCAAAAUUGUGAAGGGGAGAAGCAUCAACCUGGCUUUGUCUCACAGGGGCCGGCAAGCAUUGAAGCAUGUUGGAAUGGAGGAGAAGAUUGUCUCCCAGGGAAUCCCAAUGCAUGCAAGAAUGAUCCAUUCCGUGAGUGGGAAACAAUCCCCGAUCCCUUAUGGCAAGAAAGGCCAAUUCAUCCUGUCAGUAGACCGAGCCAAUCUGAACAAAAAGCUGUUAACAGAGGCAGAGACAUAUCCAAACACAAAGUUGAACUUUGAUCAUAAACUACAGGACUGGAAUGCUGAAACAGGGCUAAUGACCUUUGUCAGGUCAGAUGGGUCAAAGGAGCAGAUCAAGGCGGACCUGAUUGUGGGCUGUGAUGGAGCUUUUUCUGCCAUCCGCAAGCAAUUCCUUCGUCGCAGCCGCUUCAACUACAGCCAGACCUACAUCCCCCACGGCUACAUGGAGCUCACCAUGCCACCCAUCAAUGGAGAGUUUGCCAUGAAGCCUAAUUAUCUGCACAUCUGGCCACGAAACACAUUCAUGAUGAUUGCCCUGCCCAACCUGGACAAGACAUUUACCUGUACCCUCUUCAUGCCGUUUGAAGAGUUUGAGAAGAUCACCACAGGAGAUGAAGUUAUCGAGUUUUUCCAGAAAUACUUCCCUGACACCAUACCGCUGAUAGGAGUUGAUGGUCUCAAGAGGGAUUAUUUCCGAUUGCCUGGGCAGGCCAUGGUGUCUGUCAAGUGCUCCCCAUAUCACAUUGGUGACAAAUGUGUUCUUAUGGGCGAUGCAGCCCAUGCAGUGGUGCCUUUCUAUGGGCAGGGGAUGAACGCUGGCUUUGAGGAUUGCAUUGUCUUUGACGAAAUAAUGGAACAGCUCAAUGAGGAUUUCAGUAAGUACUUUUUAAAUGAACAAAGAUUAAAGGAGACACGGAGAAUGAACUGUUUUCCUUUGUGUAUCCGCCCAGGUGCUGUACUGCCUGAGUAUACCAGGGUGCGAGUUCCAGACGACCACGCAAUUGCAGACCUGGCCAUGUACAACUACAUUGAAAUGCGAGCCCAUGUCAACUCCAAAUGGUUCCUUUUCAGAAAACAUGUUGAUAACUUCCUCCACUUCCUCAUGCCAAAGACAAUAAUUCCACUUUACACAAUGGUCACUUUCACUAGGACAAGGUACCAUGAAGCCGUAAAGCGCUGGCAUUGGCAAGACAAAGUGAUAAACCGUGGCCUGCUGUUCAGUGCUACAGUAGCUGUUUUGGGAGGCUCCUACCUGCUCAUUAAAAAUCCUCCUGAUAUCAACAAGCUCAUCAUCCCCGCUAAGAAAAUGUGGAACAGGCUUGCGGCAGUCAGGGCACCGUCUCUGAUCUGACUGGAGCAUCAAACACUACAAUGAACUGAGAGGAUCCUAAUUUAAUCUGGAUGAACACAAUGAAGGCUCUGCCAGGCAAAUUAAUCUACUAUAAUAGUGAUUGUUGUAAUUUAUACCAGUCAGAAUGACUGAAUGAUUUUAUAAUUUUUCAUCAGUGUUUCAUCGUGACUGAAAGAGCCCAAGAGUGGAACAUUUUAUAUUUGAUUAUGUUCAUGCCAUCAUCAUCAUUUACAUAAUUUUUAAUGUGAAAACAAAAAAUGUCAGUAAUAAACUCACAGGCAGGGGCUAAGUUUAUAUAGUUUAUACAGAUACUUAGAUGAGUUUAUAUAGAUGCUUUUACAUAAAUGUUCCCUCAGCUCAGUUUCUGUCAUUUUUAUUUUGUCUUUGGCUCUCACCAUUAUCUACUUUAUGCAGAGAGACUUUUUGGAACAAGAUCAACUCUGUAUCAACAAAUUCUUAAACCUGCAAUAACUGUUUGUUUUUUUUUGGCCAGUUGGGGGCUUAUUUCAAGGGGAAAAAAGGGACUGGAGCACACUGAUUGAUUUGCAGCCUUUAAUUAGUCAAAGCUGCAAAUUCUUUGCAAAACUGACAAGAACCUGAUUCAGCUGCAUACGACUGGGAAAUGCAUGCAGAACCCUGUUUCACAGCCAGACUAGCUUCCAGUCUUUAUUUUAAGCUAAGCUAACCAUCUCCCGGCUAUAGCUUCAUAUUUAGCGGACACAAGUAUGAGUGGUAUCAAUCUUCUCAUCUAACUCUUGGCAAGACAGCAAACAAGUGUAUUUUCCAUAAUGUCAAUCUGUUCUUUUAAUUAAACAGUAUAAAAACAAA